AUGAUGCCAGAGUGUGCGAAAAAAUAUUGCUUCUGGCAACAUUGACGCUAAAAACAGAAAAUUAUAACAAAAAAAUAGUUUAAUUUAUUUGAUACGCCAUGAACUCGGCUACCAAGGUUGGGGAGAUUUUCACGGCCGCUGGACAGGCAUUCAGUAGAUUGGGAGAUUUGACAAUGCAAUUACAUCCCAAUGCCGAAUCACCGUCUGGUAAGUGGACGGACGAAGAAAUCGACAUGUUGCACACGUCCAUAAUGCGCUUCUCGGAUGACCUUAGCAAAAUCAGUCUUAGCAUUAAGAAUCGCACAGUAUCUCAAAUACGCCAGGCUCUGAAAAAGAAGGCCUUUGAGGAUGCCGGCAUUCCCGCCAAACAGGUACCCGUGCAGCAGGUCCAGCAUGUGAUCCAAACAGUCCAGCAAUUGCCUAUAAUUCAACAGCCGCAGCAGCAACAGUCGCAGCCGCAACUACAAGCAACAACACAAAAUCAACAGCAGCAUCAAGUAUUUAAAACGCAGCCGACGCAACCGCAGAAUUCAACGAUUCAGCAUGUUCAACUGGUCACGACGCAUCCGAAGCAGAUUGUUCUGCAGCAGGCACAGGCUACAACGACAUCACCCAUCACCUACACAAUCAAUCAAUUGCAUAAAAUAACGCAACAAAAGACAGCAAUGGCUGCAGCCGCCGCCGCUGCAGCUGCUAGUAAUACUCCAACGAUUACGGAAAAUAUCAUCAUCCAGCCGCCACCACAAACCACGACCACGUCACCAACGGCAGUCACAAACAAUUCCACAUUGAGCACUGUGGUAAUAGCCGAAGAUGAUGUUGUUAGCACCACGUCCACUCCAAUCGCAAUUCCAAUACCAACCCCAGCAACCACAACCACAUCGGGUAGCUUAGCCCUUAAAUGUGGGCCAGAUGUAUCAAUGACACUCAAUCGCAUAAAUGUUCAAGAAAAUGAAGUUGAUGUCGAGGAGUGUUUGCCUGCCGAAGUAGUCAAACUGGACUUUGUUAGCGAGGAAGUAGCCGGGUGAAGUUUUCUCCCGGCUGCCAUAUCCGAUCGUGUUGAGGACUUCUAUUAUUAAAAGUUUUUAAUCAUUAAGCAGAGCAGCGUCAGAGUGAAUCACACACACACAUAACACGAAAUACCCAAAAUGUGGAAAGGCUCCACUAACAAAACGAGCAUCUUAGUUUUAAGCAUAUAUUGUUAAGUGUUGUCAUAUUUGAUAUACAAAAACUGAAAAUUAAUUUGUUGACAACUAUUUAAAGACAAAAAAAACACAACAAUCAUCAAAACCAUGAGAAAGUCUAAUUCGUAGAUAUUAAAUGUGUAUAUGCAGCACCUAGUUAUAAGUAAUCGCAAGAUCGCAAUAGUGCAAAGUACAUAAGAAUUGUAGAAGUUAAAAGUGAAAUAAAGAAGCAUUAUUUAAAUUUUA